GGAGAGAACAUGGCCUCUAGUUCAGAGGAAAACCUCUCAUGUCCUGUUUGCCAGGACAUUUUCAAAGACCCGGUCCUCCUGUCGUGUAGCCACAGCUUCUGCCGGGCCUGCAUCCAGUCGUGGUGGGCGGAGAAGGAAACACGACCGUGUCCGUGCUGCCAGAAGACGUUGUCAAAGACCGACCCUCCUCGCAACCUGGCACUGAAGAACCUCUGCGAGGCCUUUCUGCAGGACGAGGAGCGGCGGGCGGCAGCAGGGUCCAAGCACAUGUGCAGCCUGCACGCUGAGAAGCUCAAGAUCUUCUGUCUGGACCACCAGGAGCUGAUCUGCUUGGUCUGCCGGGACUCCAGGACUCACAGCAACCACAGCUUCAGACCGAUCAACGAGGUGGCCCAGGACCUCCGCCAGGAUCUGCAGAAAGGCCUGACACCCCUCCGGGAGAAGCUGAGACUCUUCCAGCAGAUGAGGUGGUACUGCAUCCACACGGCAGAAUACCUCCCGGUCCAGGCCCGGGACACCGAGGAAGAGAUCCGGCAGCAGUUUCAGAAGCUUCACCAGUUCCUGGAAGAGGAAGAGGAGGACAGGGUGGAGGCGCUGAGGGAAGAGGAGGAGCAGAAGAGUCGGGCGAUGAAGGAGAAGGUGGAGGCUCUGACCCGGGACAUGGACGCUCUUUCAGACACGAUCAAAGCGACGGAGAAGGAGAUGAGAGCCGAAGACGUCUUGCUGCUGCUAAACCACAAGGUGGCGACCGGGAGGGUCAGGCAGGGCCCGGUUCUGCAGGACCCGGUGCCGGUUACAGGGGCUUUGAUAGAUGUGGACAAACAUCUGGGCAACCUGACCUUCAACAUCUGGAAUAAGAUGAAGGACAGAGUGCGCUACAGUCACAUGAUCCUGGAUCCAAACACUGCCGACCCAGAGCUCUUCGUGUCGGACGACCUACUGACCAUCAAAUCCGGGGGGUUUCGACAGCUGCCGAGCAACCCGGAGAGGACCAGGUUCCCCCGCAGCGUCCGGGGCUCCGAGGUGGUGAAGUCAGGGAUUCACAAGUGGGUAGUGGAUGUUGAAGGCAACGCUGACUGGGAGGUGGGAAUGCUGGAAGCCGGCGGCCCGGGUGACGACCCAGCGAAGCCGCGGCGGUGGAGGAUUUCACUCAAGGACGGUAGAUUCACGGCAUUGGCUGGAUCGGGCUCAGAGCAAGACCUGAAGGGGGAGGCACCCCAGAAGAUCGAGGUUCAACUGAAGUUCAAUGAGGGGGAACUGUUGUUCCACGAUCUUGAAACAAAGGCAGUCUUGCAGACCUUCAAGCACACGUUCACGGGCGCGCUGUUUCCUUACAUGUACACUCGGGGCUCAGACCCACUGAAGAUCCUGCCAUACAAUCUUACCGUCAAGAUAACGAUUUAGGCGGAUCUGGACAUGGUGGUGGGAUCACACCCUGAACCCUGAGACAAGUCAACAUCCCCUGGUAGGUCUUAUCAUCGUCCGCCUCGUUUGCAUUUGACAUUCUUGUGGACUUGUGGACUCUGACUGGGACUCGUUCAGCUCCAGCGUGUCUCAGUGUUUCAUUUCCAGAUUAAAAUGUUGGCUGAUCUGUGAAUGUGAAUCCAGGAAUGCCGUCUCAGGACCACGAUGCUUCUGGAUGAUGAUCUAACAGUAACUCAGUGUUGUUGAUAAUGAUGAUUGAUCAUGUGACUGGUGACGAGAUCUUGGUUUCAGAUAAAUAUUGAUGACUGGUGUUUGAGAAACAAGCAAAGCCACUCUAUGUAGAAAUACCACGUCUGACGUCAUGGGGGCAGCAAUCAUGAGACGAAGUUGUGUUACAAGACAGGUCAGACCAGACGAGAGCUCAAAAAGCCUGUUUCCUUGUUUUCUCAUUUUCUUGUUUCCUCGUUUCUUUGUUUUCUUCGUUUGCGCCACGUUGGAAGUGAGAGAAAGAACAGGUCUGGGAGGAUGAUUGGGACACGCCCACCUUGCGCCAAUCCCAGACCUGUUUUAGCUUAGCUGACCUGGCUGGUUGCCAUGGAAACACCGUAACUGGGAGAGCUACCCUGGGACUAGGGUUGGGUUGCAGUCGGGUCCACCUCCAGGUAGCUGAUUGGCUGGAAGUGUCUUGGGAUGAUCGGCUGAUUGAUCCCUACUAACUAUCCAUCCAUACAUUUUCUUCCUCUUAUCCGUUCCCGGGUCGCGGGGGCAGCAGCCUCAGCAGAGAUGCCCAGACUCCCUUCACCCCAGACACUUCCUCCAACUCUUCCUCCAGCUCUUCCAGGGGAGUCUGAGGCGUUCCCAGGUCAGCCGAGAGACAUAGUCUCUCCAGCGUGUCCUGGGUCUUCCCCGGGGUCUCCUCCCGGUGGGACAUGCCUGGAACACCUCCCUAGGGAGGAGGGACAUGCCUGGAACACCUCCCUAGGGAGGAUCCAGGAGAAUCCGGUACAGAUGUCCAAGCCACCUCAGCUGACUCCUCUCAAUGUGAAGGAGCAGCGGCUCGACUCCGAGCUCCUCCCGGGUGACCGAACUCCUCACCCUAUCUCUAAGGGAGCGUCCAGCCACCCUGCGGAGGAAACUCAUCUCGGCCGCUUGUAUCCGCGAUCUUGUCCUUUCGGUCACUACCCAAAGUUCGUGACCAUAGGUGAGGGUAGGGGCGUAGAUUGACCGGUAAAUCGAGAGCUUCGCCUUUCGACUCAGCUCCUUCUUCACUACGACGGUCCGGUACAUCGACCGCAUAACUACGGACGCUGCACCGAUCCGUCUGUCAAGAAGACUCGUGAACAAGAUCCCGAGAUACUUGAACUCCUCCACCUGAGGCAGGACUUCUCCACCCACCCGGAGAAGGCACGCCACCCUUUCCCGGUGGAGAACCAUGACCUCGGUUUUGGAGGUGCUGAUUCUCAUCCCUGCCGCGUCGCACUCGGCCUCAAACUGCCCCAGCACAUGCUGAAGGUCCUGGUCCGAUGAAGCCAACAGGACAACAUCAUCUGCAAAAAGCAGAGAUGAAUUCCUGUGGUUCCCAAACCGGAUCCCCUCCGGCCCCUGGCUGCGCCUAGAAAUCCUGUUCAUGCAACUCACUAGUAGAUCUAGAUGUCCCCUACCUGGUCAGAUGUGGUACUGCUACAAGAAGUUGGUGGUUGAGGGAAAUAAAAUAAAAAUAUAGAUUUUUAAAACAUUUUUAAACAUAAAAGAUGUAUGCACUUUUAAAACUGCCAUAAUAAUAUAAUUUGCCUUUAAUAUAAUUAACUUAUUUUGUAAAGUGAAAUUCACUUUGA